GUCCUCGCGUUGACAAUGGCGACCCUGUUAGAUUUCUUUAUUGAAUGCGUUCGAUUCAUCAGUUCAAAGACAAGCGCUUCGUGUUUAGGUGUUGAAAGCGAACAUGGAGAAAUCGCCUCCUCGUCCACCUCUGCUCCUGCUCGGUUUUGUUGACCAAGCAAUGCGACGGUUCUCUUCCUGAAAAGUAAACGGAGGAGGAGGAGGAAGACGAGACCCACGAGGCGAUUCCCAUGGCCGCGUGAGCCCUUUGCUUGCUCUCUGUCGCGCGCGCGCGCCGGUUCUUUGGAUUGCCGUUUCUGGGUGUUCGUCUACUGCCGUCGUUGGGUCGUUCUUGGAACCGAACGCGUGCUUCGCGAGAUGGACCAUCGCGCUGGUUCGUCGUCCUACAAUGCGUCUCCGUGCGGUUCUCCGACGAGCGGCGGCCGGGGGCCGUCGGUCAUGCAGAGGCGGCUCACGAGGCAGAGGAAGCUCCGGUACGCGACGGACGACGAGGUCGGGUUGGUCCAGGUGGGCUGCCUCUCGCGGUCGACGCCGGUGUCGCCCGAGUCAACGCCGGAGCUGCGGUCGCCGGGGAGGUCCGAGCGCCGGUGCUCGACGGCGGUGCCUCAACCGUUGCCGUUGCCCGAGAUGGCUUCUUUGCGGAUAGCGCCGGAUAGAAAUGGAUUGACCGAGGAAGGACCCGGCUCCGAGGUAGGGAGGAAGAACAAUGGUCAUGUCUCCCCAAAAUCAGCUAAACCUUCAACAUGCUACAAAAGGGGUUUCUUGCAAGACUUGAGCUUGGACAAUCACAACUUGCGGAUCAAUAUCCCAGCCAGGAGCGCUCCAGCUAGUAGUCUGUCAAGUCCUUAUCUUAGCCCGCAUAAUCCAGCUACCGGGUACUUUCUUUCCUGUAAAUCGCCAGUUCCAGACGGUUGGUCUACUUUCAAAGGUCAAACUCUAACCUUGCCGAAGUCUUUGGGUCAUCUUUCGCCACUUCAAAGCCCGACUUCAAGAACUCCUGGCCCGAACCCCAAAAGUCCAAGUGGUACUGCAACAUGGUAUCAACACAAAUCUCUUUCCGAGAUUUCUAUGGGUCAGCAUGAAAGCAUCUCUUAUAUCAAUGCCCAUCCAUUACCUCUUCCCCCUUCAACGUCAAAUAUCAGCCAUGCCGCAGAAAGGCAAAACGUGGCAUCCAUGACAGGUCAGUGGCAGAAAGGGAAACUUAUUGGACGUGGUACAUUUGGGAGUGUUUACGUUGCAACCAACAGAGAAACAGGAGCUUUAUGUGCAAUGAAAGAAGUUGACCUAAUAAUGGACGAUCCUAAAUCUGUUGAAUCUGUGAAGCAGCUGGAGCAGGAAAUCAGAGUUCUUAGACAGUUCAAGCAUCCAAAUAUAGUGCAAUAUUAUGGUAGUGAAAUUGUUGAUGAUCACUUCUACAUAUAUUUGGAGUAUGUCUAUCCGGGUUCAAUUAACAAAUAUGUCCGUGAACAUUGUGGAACUAUGACUGAAUCAGUUGUUCGCAAUUUCACUCGUCACAUUUUAAAUGGGCUUGCUUAUUUGCACAGCAAACGCACCAUUCACAGGGAUAUAAAAGGGGCAAAUUUACUUGUUGAUGCCACUGGUGUAGUCAAGCUUGCUGAUUUUGGGAUGGCAAAACAUCUCACAGGACAGGUUUCCAUUCUCUCUCUGAAGGGUAGUCCUUAUUGGAUGGCUCCAGAGAUCCUGCAGGGAUCUAUGACAAAGGAGAAGACAAGUCCUGAGAUGGCUUUUGCUGUUGAUAUAUGGAGCGUUGGUUGUACAGUCAUCGAAAUGCUGAACGGAGUGCCUCCUUGGGGUGAACUAGAAGGGCCUCAAGCGAUGUUCAAAGUUUUGAACCGAAGCCCUCCCAUACCAGAGAAGCUAUCAUCAGAAGGAAAGGAUUUCCUACAGUGUUGCUUCCAAAGAAAUCCAGCGCAGAGACCCUCAGCUAAGGAGCUGCUACAGCAUCCUUUCUUGAGAAACUCUCCCAAUCAAAAUGGUUCAAGCUUUAGACCACUUUGCCAACUCAAAUGGAUGGCACGAAGAUGACAAAUGACCCCUUGGUAUGCAAAUGGCGAGUACUUCUUUGAGAUACUCCCCGGUACAUGAUAUAAUGCAGUUAAAUCUGCGCCGUGACCUUUUCUGCUUGCGUCUUACAUAAAGAGUCACCCUAUUCCUCUUGUACCAUAGCUUCAUUCUCAUCCAUUCUUUUGGUGACUGACCUGGUUCAGCGAUUAACAGAAAAAAAUUAGUAUGGCACUAGCAAUACAAAUCUCGUGAUCCAGUGUGAUCUGCACAGUAAAGAGUUGUCGAUGAGGCUACUAACCCGACACAUAAAGUGCUGUCGAAUUUAAAUCUUGCUAUACAGGACUUCAAGUCCUUGGACCGGAGUAUAGCUCGUAAUUGAUUGGGAUGUGUCUUUUUUGCCUCAUUUGAAGGAGGAUAGCUCUGUUUGGGAAUCAAAAUGACCGAGGAUCAAGAACCUUGUCUUUCAUCCAUCAUGAGGGAGCAACUAAAGCAGAAAGAAUCACGGAUUAGCAUGGUGAUUCUGAGUCCUGAAGGUGCUACAAAAUCUGUUGAGAUAGAGAGAGAGAAAGAAUAGGACAUUUGAAAUGUGCUGGAUAAUUUCGUAGCAAGCGAAUUCGUUCGAGGCAAAUUAUGCUCCUUUUCUUCUUAUGAACUGAAAAAUUACUUGCAUUCAAUCUCCUUUUCAUGUAUUCUUCUAA